GUAAAGAAUUCCGUCGCGUCUAUGAAAUAUGGCGACGCUCUACGAGUUGUCUUGGACUUCUGAUAAUCAUAAUUAUAUCGGUCAUUUCCAUUAACUUGCUAGAAUUUAAAAUUUAUGUGAGGAAUCUAAUAAAAAUCUACUAGUCUUAUCCACGUGCGUUUUGUUUUCCGCGGCUUGCAAGCUUCGUCACAUAUAGUCGCAUAUAAGAUAGAAUUCUGUCGCACUUUAACCAAUCAGUGUGAUUUCGUCGCGCGACAAUUGUCGCGGUCGCAUGCAUGAAACAUUACCUUAAGUUCCAUGAUCACGGUACUCAUCCCCGAAUGAAAUUUGGUUCAUUGGUAAUCUCCCUACUCAUCUCUGAUAGUACUUCUUGAGCUUCUUGAGUUACCAUAAAUCACAUGUGUUUUUUCUUUCGUAUCCGAGUCUCGUGACCUGUUCACGUGAAGUCGACGAAAAUUCAAAAAGUUUUUGAAACUAUAAUGGAUAUAUUGGAGCAUCAUCUUGAUCCUUUGGGGGAAAGCACAGAGGAGAACACAGAAGAAAAUGUUGGGAUAGUUCUGGAAGAGGCAGAGGUUGUGGACUGCGAUGGAGAUGGUGACGGUAUUGCCGAAGAAGGCUUACGUUAUCAGUUAGCAGAAGCUGCCAGGAGUGAAGGACUCGCUUAUAGGGUAGUCCAGGUCAAUGAUAAUGAAUCUGGGGAAAUAGAAUUACCUUUAGCGCAGCCUGUAAAUAGUUCUGUGCAAGUCUUGAGUUCACCGCUCAAUGGACAGUUUUAUGUAAUUAGUAAUGGAAAUGAAGUGUUUACUACUCAGACUGCAAGAUCUCUAUCACCAAGAGUAACAACACUACAGUUAGAAACACCACACAAUGCUACAUCUGGUAUUAAAAAGAGGGAUGAACGAAGGAGGGUAACCCACAAUGAAGUAGAACGAAGGAGAAGGGACAAGAUCAAUAAUUGGAUAUCCAAACUGGGAAAGCUGUUACCUGAGUGUAAUAACACUGUUACUGGCGAAGGAGAAGGCAAGCCAAACUUUGAGUCCCAGAGUAAAGGUGGUAUUUUAGCUCGUGCGUGUGAGUACAUUGUUGAACUGCGUGAAGCUAACGAGAGUCUUGGUCAAGGACUGAGGGAAAAUGAACGUCUCAUUCAAGAGGCUAAAAGUCUACGUCAAUUAGCAUCUCAAUUAAGAAGAGAAAAUUCUCAACUAAAAGCACAGAUUGCACCCACAUCAGAUUUUAUUUUGGGGUCCUAACCAUGUCUACGCUGUGAUUUCGUUUAAUUAUUUUCUUUUCAUAUUUUUAUACGUCAGUCAAUCUCGAUGACAAAUUAUGUAUAAAACUAAGUUGGGACACAUUUAAACGAACUCUGAAAACUUUUUACUUAAAUUUACAUAAAACCCGAUAUUUUGAGUAUCCGUUAUUACUAUUUAGAAAAUGAGUUUAAUUAACACUUAUAAAAAUAUUAUUAUGCCAUAGCUCAUUAUUAUUUUUCACCGUGAUUUUUUUUGUUGGAAAUUACAUUAUUUGUACUGUUUAUCCAAGAUGCUGUAAAUAUUUCGUAAAAGUAAAAUAAAUAAAUUACUAUUAUAAUUAUAAAA